ACGCAAACAAUCAUAAAAAAAUAAUGAGAAUGAAAUGUUGCCGAAUGCUGACAUACCUACCUGUUUAUUUUAUCAUGGUCAUGGUAUUAUUUUAAAUUUCAGACUUCAGUGUUCUCAGUAAGCAUAAUUGUUGUUUUGACUGUUUUAAUUAAUUCAAAUUUCAAUCUUUUUUUUAAAGUAAAUUGUGACUUUUUUUAAAAAAAUUAUCGUAGUUUUAUUAAAAUUACUGAAACAUAAACAUGGAAGGAUUUGAUACACCUGGUAUAUUUUUCUCUGAUACAUUUGGAGAUGAUGACAAUUUGGCAUCAUCAUUGUUGAACGCAAGAUCAAUAAAAAAAUCGUUCAAAGAUUUCUUAAAAACAUACAAUGAAGAAAAUUUUAACUAUAAGUAUAGAGAUACAUUAAAACGAAAUUGUAACUUGGGUCAAUAUUGGAUGGAAAUAAAUGUCGAGGAUUUGGCUGGAUUUGAUGAAAAUCUUGCUGAUAAGUUAUACAAACAACCAGUGGAACAUUUGCCAGCUUUUGAAGAAGCUGCGACAGAGUUAGCACAAGAAUUGCUUGCAUCUGAUAACCUAGAAGAUAUUGAGCAUAUUCAAAUAUUAUUGUCUACAAAUUCAUUGGCUUCUUCGUUGCGUUCUAUUAAAUCUGAGUCAGUUUCUCGGCUUGUCAAAAUUCCUGGUAUCAUAGUAUCUGCGUCAAGUAUUCGGGCUAAAGCUACACAAAUAACAUUGCAAUGUCGAUCUUGUCGUAAUGUAGUACCACAUUUACCAGUAAAACCUGGUAUGGAUGGUUAUAUCUUGCCAAGAAAAUGUACCACUGAACAAGCCGGUCGUCCACAAUGCCCUUUGGACCCAUAUUUUAUUAUACCAGACAAAUGCAAAUGUGUUGAUUCUCAAAUUUUAAAAUUACAAGAAUUAAGUGACUCUACACCUCAAGGAGAAAUGCCACGACACGUACAAUUAUAUUGUGAUCGUUACCUAUGUGAACGUGUAGUUCCAGGGAACCGUGUUAUGGUAGUUGGUGUUUAUUCUAUAAAAAAGGUUAAGACUUCAAAAAAACAAAAACUUACUGAAAAUUCUCGUACUGUGGUUGGUGUGCGUGCUCCAUAUUUAAGAGUUUUAGGAUUUCAAAUGGACGAUCAGGUUGGAGGUUUCACUACUUCAAUACCAACUUCUGUUGAAGAUGAAGAACUAUUCAGAAAACUGUCAUCAUCUCCUGAUAUUUAUGACCGUAUUGCUAAGUCUAUAGCACCAUCUAUUUUUGGUUUUAGUGAUAUAAAAAAAGCAAUAGCUUGUCUGCUUUUUGGAGGUUCUCGGAAAAGACUUCCAGAUGGUUUAACUCGUCGUGGAGGUAUAAAUUUAUUGCUUUUGGGAGAUCCUGGUACAGCUAAAUCACAACUUUUAAAAUUUGUACAACAAGUUUCACCUAUAGGUGUAUACACAUCCGGUAAAGGUUCUUCAGCUGCUGGACUCACAGCUUCAGUAACUCGUGAUCCAACAUCUCACAAUUUUGUGGUGGAAGGUGGAGCAAUGGUUUUGGCUGAUAGUGGUGUGGUUUGUAUUGAUGAAUUUGACAAGAUGAGAGAAGGUGAUAGAGUUGCGAUUCAUGAAGCUAUGGAACAACAGACCAUAUCAAUAGCUAAGGCAGGUAUUACAACUACUCUUAACAGUCGUUGUUCGGUGAUGGCUGCUGCAAAUUCAGUAUUUGGUCGGUGGGAUGACAGUAAAGGCGAAGAUAAUAUUGAUUUCAUGCCUACAAUUUUAUCUAGGUUUGAUAUGAUAUUUAUUAUUAAAGAUGAACAUAAUCAAAACAGAGAUAUGAUAUUAGCUAAGCAUAUCAUGAAUGUACAUUUAAUGAAUGGUCAAGCUAAACAAGAAGUUGAAGGAGAAUUACCAUUGGCCACAAUCAAAAAGUUCUUGAAUUACUGUCGUCAACGUUGUGGACCUCGAUUAUCUGAAGAAGCUGGUGAGAAGCUCAAGAGUCGUUAUGUAAUUAUGAGAACUGGGUGUCAUGAAUUGGAAUCUGAGAAAAAACUUGCUAUUCCAAUUACUGUUAGACAGUUAGAAGCUAUAAUUCGUAUUGCAGAAUCUUUAGCUAAAAUGCAAUUGCAGCCCUUCGCUACCGACAGUCAUGUAGAUGAAGCUUUAAGAUUGUUUCAAGUAUCUACUCUGAGUGCUGCUACAUCAGGCUGUUUAUCUGGCGUAGAAGGUUUUUCAACUGAAGAAGACACAGAUACACUACAGAGAAUUGAAAAGCAGUUGAAACGUCGAUUCCCAAUUGGAUCUCAAGUUUCUGAAUUUAGUAUUAUUCAAGAUUUUCUGAGACAAAAAUAUCCACAACGAGCUAUAGAUAAAGUUAUAUACUUGAUGAUCAGAAGAGGUGAAAUACAACACAUUAUGCAACGAAAAAUGUUAAUUAGAUUAAAAUAAUAAUUAUUAAAACAUAUAAAUUUUAAAAAAUUUUGUCAUUUUAAUGUAAAUGUUCCAAUUAAAAAUGUAUUUUUGAUUUCAUUAUUGUAUUUAAAUUCAUAAGAACUAUAAUAAAUAAUUAAUAUUUUUUA